AUAAUAAAAAUUAAUUAAAAAAAACAAAAUAAAAAAAUGAAUUUCUCAUAAAAUUAACAAAGAUAAGAUUAUAGAAAUAAUUUAAUAAAUGGGAAUCGUUUAGUAAAUUAUAAUUAAAACCUCUAACAAAUUGGGGUAUAAUAGUACCAAAAUUACUAUCCUAAUAUUAAUGAUAUGCAAUAGUAUUAAGUUUAAUAAAAUAAUAGCUUAAGAUUUUAACCAUAAGUUAUAAAUAAUAUGUAACAAAUUUCUUAACACAGAUUUUAUGAAUAAGAUGGAAAUAAUUAAUUAGAUAGAUAUUAAUAUAAAUAAAAUUUAAACAGAAUGAUUGAAAUCGAAGAUAUGUCUUAAUAAUAAGAUAGACUAGCUCAAGGGAAUAACUUUUUAAAUAGAGGUAAAUAAAUAAAUUCUGUGCAAUAGGCUGACAGAAAUUAAAAUAAUUUUAAUUCUAACAAAUUUUAAGAAUCUGAUCUAAUAAGAAAUUCUAAUAAAGCUAAUUUACUUUCAAGAUUUUCUAGCAAGGAUUAAAUUAAUCAAAGAGAUAGAAUAUAGCUUAAACCUAAUUACAUCGAAUUAGAAGAUGAAGAUGAAGAUGACGAUGAAAUCGAUGAUAGUAAUGGAGAUUUAGAUGAUAUCCAAGAAGUGAGUUAAAAUUAUUAUUAUAAUCAGAAUAACGAGGAUAUUGAAGAUGAUGACGAUUUAAGUGAUGACCGUAAAUAAGAUAUAUAAAAUCAAUACAAUAAUAGAAAUUAUGUUUAAAAUUUGAAAGGCUAAUUCUAUGAUGUAAGACCUCAAAAACCUUCUUCCUAUAAUAACUAUUAGCAUAAUUAAGCUCCUAAAUAAAACAUUAUUUAAGAAAAUCACCAUUAAAAGAUAAACAAUUUAAAUAAAGUGUUUGAAUAUUAAAGGCUUGGUUUAAGCAACAAUAAUAACUUUAAUAAUGAAAUUAAAAAUGCCAAUAAUCCUACUUCGAGGUAGAAUUAAAAAUAAAAUUAACCAAAAAGUGAAGCUUAAGAAAAUAACAAAGGCUUGUUUAAAUAACAUCAAAUUAACGAUACUGUGAAAAAUGAUCAAUAGUCUCAUAAUUAAGAACCUGUUAGAAGGCAGGCUCAAGAAGAAAUGAAUAAUAAAUAUCCUUCCUUCGAUAGUGAAGCAACAUCAGAAGAAGAUUUUAUCACUAGAUGUGAAAGAAUCAAGCUGCAAGCUGAAAAAUAAGAAGACAGAUUUGAAAACAUUUACGAAUACUUAGAAAAAGAAAGAAAAGAGUUUAUUAAAGAAGGGUAAAUGAUUAAAUACUAUCGAAACAAAGAAAGGUUACGCAAAAUUACUAGCAACGACUACACUAAAACUUGCUCUUAUGAAGAUGAAAAGAAGUUGAAAGGGAUUGAAAAAACUUACUCAUACAAGAAACAUUUGCAUGAUGAUUUAAUGAAUAAGGAGAACAAAGAAAAAUAUUGCUUUUAGUUAUCUAUGAAAGCAUUUAUAAAUUUUAUAGGGGAUAUACGAAAAUAUGAAGAAGAUGGAAAUUAAUAUGAUUAGAAAACAGAAAUUUUAUUGGAAUAUCAACAGAAAUAAAAGAAACUAAGAUCCCCCCCAAAAAAUUACUUGCACAAAGAAUAGCCUAUUUAUAAAAAAAGAAUCACUGAUGAAAGCAUAAUUCUAUUGUCAUAAGAAGAAAAUCCAGUAGCUCAAUCUGAUAAAAAGGUUUAAAAAAAUUAAAUUUAUUCAAAUAAUGAAGAUAAAGAAGACGAAUACGAUAAAGAAAGUGCUUAAAAUGAAGAGGAAAUAUUAAAAUUAAAAAAAUCAAUAAAAUCUAAAUAAUAAAAAGUAAAGCUUCCUUGCUAUUGCCAAGAAGACAAAAAAGAUGAGGUAAGGCUCUGUUAUAAUAAAAAAUGCACAAGAUAAUGGUUUCAUUUAAAGUGCCUAGAAAAAAGAGAAUAACUAAAAAAAAUUGAACAAAAUCAAAAUAAUUCUUAAGAAAUCGAGACAGCUUUACCUAAAACUGAUGAUGAAUGGUGUUGUGAAGAUUGUCGCUAAGAUGAAUCCUUAAUAUAAAAGAGGUCUUCCAAACAUAGAAAGUAUUUGCAAAAGUAGAGAAAUAUGGCUUUUAAAAACAAUGGGCAAUUAGUUAAUGAAAAUUAAAAGUAAAGUAAAAAAUCAUCAAACAAGAAAGGUAAUGCUUCUUCUCUUACCAUGCUCAAUUCUACUCUGUUUGGUUCGGAAAAUAGUAUAAGUAUGAUUAAAGGAGAAAAUAGUAACAACCUUAUCAGUUCAAACUCAUUUAAAAAAAAUUUAGAGAGUGCAUAAAAGGUUAUCGGAUCUGCUUAAAAAAGUGAUUUUUCUAAUGAUAAAAAAUUAAGUCCUAUAAUGUAAUAAAAAAGUUAGAAUUAAUCUCCUGAAUCCUAAAAAAAAGACAAUUCAGACUAAAAGUUAUAAAGAAUUCUUAAUAAAUAUGCACCUGAAUAAUCUGAUUUAAAUAAAAGUGAUCAUAUUUUAUCUCAAUAGUAGUAAGUAGAAUAAAUUUCAUCUAAAUCUCCUUAACAAAAAAUAAAAGAAACUUUUGAUAAUUAAUAAAAAAUUUCUCCAUAAUCUCAAAAGCUUGAAAAUAAAAGCGGAGAAGAACAGAAGAAUAUUAACAACAAAAUCAGUCCAAAUAAUUCCAAAAGAGAUAUCGAAAUAGAAUAAAAGAAAGUAGAUGAUAUUGACCUAGAACAAGACCUAUAAUUUUAUAGCACAAACAAAAACCAAGAAGAAAAAAUAUAGAUUGAAUAGUAAAAUAGCUAAAUUUUUACUCCUAUUAAAUAAUUUAAUUUAGAGUCCUCUCAUAUCGAUUGUUUGAAUUAAAAAACUGAUAAAUCAAAUCAAGAUUCAAUUAAAUUUCAUUAAAAUUUGAUAUUCAGCUGUUAAGUAGACUUAGAAAAAUAUAAAAAGAAUAAGAGAUCCAAAGCUGAAGUAAAUUUGAUUGCUCUAAUCAAAAACAACCCUUUUGAAAUCGAAAUUUUCAAUUUUGAUAAAAACCUCACAGAUUCCAGAAAACUCCAAUCAGUCUACUAUAAAGCUAAUAGCCCUGAAACUUCUUAUUAUUUUGCUGAGCACAUUAUAUUUAAAAAGUCUUCAUACUUAAUAUUUUCACAUGAAUAAACUAUGAGUAUAUUUUCAGUGUAAGAAAAAAAUAUGUGGAAAAUGCCUUAAUAGUUUAGUUAGAGUUAAGCUUUUUAUCUGUCUUCAAAUGAAAAUUGCAUUUAAAUAUAUACUUAAGGGAAUUAAAAAAAUGAAUUAAAGUGUAUUAAUAUUUCAUUUUUUGAUAAAACUAUCUCAAUAACAGAGGAGAAAUUUGAUCUUGAUGAAAUGUUUCAAAAUUUUCAAUAACUUAGUUUUUACAAAGAUCAAAACCAGCAAAUCUGCUUCAUGUUUCUAAGUUAAGAUAGAUAAACAAUAUACCUCUGCCCUGAUUUAGAUAAGGAUUCAGAUAAACCUGUCAUUAGUAUUGAAAAUGAUAUUCCAUUAUUAUAAAUGCAUGUAGUAGAUCCAUUUGACUAAAAAUAAGUUUUCAUGGAUAAUUAAAAGAGAAUACUUAUUUACGAAAAGAAUGGUUACAAAUUUUGUGAAAACUAAUCAGUUUAUUCAUGCUCAAAUAAGCAUUAGUGUAUAAAGUAUUAUGUCUAAAGUUAAAAAAACAUUCUGCUAUAAUUAUACGAAGAAUAAAUACACCUAUAAUAUUUGGACGAUGUAUAUUCUUCUCCAAAAGUUUUAAGCUUUUCUAAGCCAUUUAUAGAUGCUAUCUACUAAGAGGAUGAUACUUCGAUAAUAAUUUUCUUUAUUGAGAAAUGUGCUAAAGUUAAAGAUUAAGUAAUCAGCUACUUUAUAGUAGAAAAAUGA